UCAAACACUUCAGCCACACGGAAAGUGUUUUUUAGAAUUAUCUUAGUUUAUAUAUACACAGUUCUUUUCCCGUUCAGUUUCACCCUAUAAGUAAGAAGGUGAUUAUUAUCACUCGCAUUGCAUCAAACCAAAACCGAAACUAAAACCAAAACCUUGAGAAAACUUAUCAUGGCGGACAGUGGCGGAGGACCCCGCCGGAGAGAACCGCUUCUGGUGUCGCCGGAGAAAGAGGCUACAAAAGCUUCGUGGAGACUUAACGUGAAAGAGUUUCGUUUGCCAAACCAAACAAAUGAUCAUCAAAAUCAUCAAUCCUUCACUUUCCGUGGCUUUCUUCGUGAACCCAGGAAGCAGCGCAAAGUGGCAGAAUAUUACAACAAGCAGGAGAGACUCCUUGAAGGAUUUAAUGAGAUGGAGACUAUGACUGAAACGGGUGGUUUCCCAGGAUCUCUCACUGAGGAUGAAAUGAAGCAACUAGCCAAGAGUGAGAGGAUGGCUGUUCAUGUGUCAAAUAUGUGUAACUUGGUGCUGUUUGCAGCAAAGGUUUAUGCUUCAAUUGCGAGCAGAUCAUUAGCAGUCAUUGCCUCAACCAUGGAUUCUCUCUUGGACCUCUUGUCAGGGUUCAUAUUGUGGUUUACUGCUCAUGCCAUGAAAAACCCAAAUCAAUAUCACUAUCCAAUUGGAAAGAAACGCAUGCAACCAGUGGGUAUCAUUGUUUUUGCAUCAGUGAUGGCAACCUUGGGGUUGCAGAUUUUGAUUGAAUCUGCCCGAGAACUUAUUUUCAAGUCUAAGCCUGAUAUGGAUCCAACGAAACUUCAUUGGAUGAUCGGAAUUAUGGUGUGUGUGACUGUAGUGAAGUUCAUUCUUAUGGUCUACUGUCGAAGAUUCAAAAAUGAAAUUGUUAGAGCAUAUGCACAAGAUCACUUUUUUGAUGUCAUUACUAAUUCUGUUGGAUUAGCUGCUGCUGUGCUAGCUGUCAAGUUCUACUGGUGGAUUGAUCCAACAGGAGCUAUUAUUAUAGCAUUGUAUACAAUCAAUACAUGGGCCAAGACUGUCAUUGAGAAUGUUUGGUCACUCAUAGGAAGGACAGCACCACCUGAUUUUCUAGCCAAGUUAACUUUCCUCAUAUGGAAUCACCAUGAACAGAUCAAGCACAUAGAUACUGUUAGAGCAUACACCUUUGGUGCACAUUACUUUGUGGAAGUUGACAUUGUGUUACCUGAAGACAUGCUUCUCCACCAAGCACACAACAUUGGUGAGACACUCCAAGAGAAGCUGGAGCAGCUUCCAGAAGUUGAAAGGGCUUUCGUUCACAUAGAUUUUGAGUUCACUCACAGGCCAGAGCACAAGACCAUGGUGUGAUGAUAUGCCAUGGGACAAAGAUGGCAUAGCUUAGCUUUGCUAAUUCUCUUAGUUGUUUUAUUUAAGCCAAAUAGCAAAGUUUCUUUCUGAUGUUUAUAGUUGCUGAUACCUCUUAAUGAUACUCUUCCUAUUUGGUUGACUCAAAAUAAUUAAGUAUUUUUUUCACACCAC